UAAAAUGUCAAAAGAUAAUUUUGAAUUCGACUUUGAAGAUGACCAAGAUCUCGAAGAACUUGGGAAGAUUAAUAUUCAGAGCGAAGGAAACCCAUUUGGACAAGAAAAUGUGUACUAUGAAGGGGCUGAAAAAGCUGCUAUUAGAGAAAUGCAGGAGAUUGAAGAGGUAGAUGAAGGCACUGCUAAGCAAACAACUAAUUCGCAAAAGACAGAUUCUGCCAAUAGAUAUAUGUCUAAAGAAAAUUCUCAGAAUAAGCAAAGUAUCGGAUUCCAUCCUAGCCUGAAUGAAUACGAUGCUACAGAGAUUAUAGACAAGAAGCCUAGUCAUGCUCAUAAUUCUAGAUUUGUGGGCAGGCAUGGGUCUUUGUCAAAGCCUAAAUUUGGAAACCAAAGUUUUGGAGUUGGGAACAAGCCCAAAAACAUGAACCAAGAGGACCUAAUUUCUGAAAUUACUGAACUAAAGAAGUCAAAUCGUAAAGAUCUUGACGAGAUAAAACGAUUAAAAUCAGAACAAAUGAAGAUUGAGAACCUAUACCGUAGAUAUAAGGAACAAGAAAAUGAUAUCUUCACAGCUGAAAGGAUUCUAACUCAAAAUGAUGAAAUCAGGGUAUUUAACAAAACAAAUUUGAUGCCAGAAGUGAACAAGAUCAAGAAAAUGUUGAUGAAUAAAAUCAAGUCAGGAAAGCCUAAAACCUCUUUCAUGUCAAAAAGAGUAAAGAGUAGUCAUAAGGGUCAAGCAAAAACCACUAAGAAUACCAAUCUUGUAUGCAGAAGUUGAAAGAUGAUGUCUCAUCAUAAAUCAGAUAAUGAAAGAUUCAUUACCGGUGCUCCUGAAGACGGUGUCACUAAAACUAUUGUCAGAAUCCAGAUCAAGAAACUUAAAGAACUCAAAGCCAGCCUCGAAGAAGAUCUAAGCCAAAAAGAAGCUGAACUUGGCAAAUUACGGAAAAACAAUGCUCCAGAGACAGAGAAAUCAGUUGAGAAAGAGUUAAAAUAAGUCCUUGAAUAUCCUCAGAGGGCUAAGAAAGAAAUUUGUGAAACUGAGUCAAGAAAAUGGGUCAGCUUAUGAGCAAGAUAUCGACCCGAUUGUCAAGUCUAUUGACAAGGAGCUCAAUAAGAGUAGAAAGUGGAGAAAUGAUGAUAUAUCAGCAGUGAAAGAUCAAUCUAAGCAUGAAGAAGUCAAAGAGUCAAUAAAGGAAGAAGCUCAAGAGCCAGAAGAGCAAGUGAUGUGAGGAAAGGAAAUCGAGAAUUUUGAUACAACUCAAGAUGAAAAAGAGCUACAGAAAAAGUUGGAGGAACUGGAGAAAGAGCUAGCACUUAGUGAUGAAGAAUUUGAAAAGAGGCUCAUAGAUAGACUUAAGAAAGAAAUAAAAACAAGCAAGCACAAGAUCGAAAAAGGACUCAAAAAGGAAUAUAUUACAAAGCAAAAACAGAUAUACAAAUCCAAAGACGAAGAAAUCAGGAGGCUUCAAAAGGAGAAUGAUGAACUCAGUAGUCACAUCUCUCGUAUUAAGAUCCUGCUCUCUUAA